AUGCAGCUCAUCAACCUUUUCGCCUUCGCGCCCCUCAUGGCCUCCAUUGCUGAUGCCUCUCCCGCACGUCCUGCUCCCUACAAUGGAGUACAAGCCAAUUCAAUCCCCAUCGCCAUCUCCAGCCCAGAGUGUGGCAUCUACGGCUAUGACAACACCAACUCAAAGACCUUGAUCACGUCCGUCAAGGUCAACACAGUCGCCAAGUGCUUCACCACUUGCAGACAAAGGCAAAAGUGCAUGAGCUACGGAUUCUGCACCCAAUCCAACACAUGUAGCCUGUACAAGGUGGCCCUUCGCAAGCAUAUCAAGCGCACCAACUCCAGCGUAAUCUUUUACGAUCGUGGGUGCAAGAAUCCUGCGGGUCCUCAGUCGACGAGAACUACGACCAGCUCGGCCACCUCUACCACAACCGCCACUAUCGAGGACCCGAUCACUGCUACUGCCACAACCAUCACCGUCACAACCACGAGAUCCACCACUUCUGCCCGCUCAACCAUCACCGGCCCAGUCACCAUUGCUUCGACCUCCACUGCCUCGACCUCCACUGCCUCGACCUCCACUGCCUCGACCUCCACUGCCUCGACCUCCACUGCCUCGACCUCCACUGCCUCGACCUCCACUGCCUCGACCUCCACUGCCUCGACCAUCACUGCGUCUACCGCCACCGCCUCUAUAUCUUCAACCACGACAACAACAUCUGCAAGCGCCACUGCCACUCCCGCACCCGGAGCAGCAUUUACAGAAUCCCUCAACAGCGCCUACAACGAGGUCCUCUUCGGCACCAACGCGAAUGUAUACGAUCCUCGAUCAGACAUCGCAUCUCUGGCAGACUGCGAAGAUCUCUGUGCCGCCGACACCAUUUGCGUAGCAGUAAACUUUUAUCGGGCAGACGAUGGAGACAAUGUUGCGGGCAACUGCAAUCUCUUGAGCAAUAUCCUUAGCGGUAGUGCGGUCACCAGUAAUGUCGACUCUGCGAGGAAGAACUAG